AUGGCUGCUUCGGAGAGGAGAAAGAUACUCAACAUUGGCCUCAUCGGCUGUGGAGAGAUUGGUCAGGUCGUCCACAUUCCGACGUUACUGUUUAUGCAAAGUUACUUUCGCAUAACAUAUCUCUGUGACGUUUCUGAAGCUGCCCUCAAGCAUGCCGCCCAGAAGAUCCCCGACAAUCCUAAGAUUACGCGCAAUCCAGCUGAGCUCUGUGCUUCCGAUGCUGUAGAUGCCGUCAUUGUGGCCAACUCGGACGAGUACCAUGCCGCACAUACUAUUCUAGCUCUUCAGCAUGAUAAAUACGUUCUGGUAGAGAAGCCCAUAGCUUUGACGAAACGAGAUGCCUUGGCAAUCGAGGAGGCAGAACGCAGCAGUAGGGGAAAGGUUAUGGUUGGGUAUAUGAGGCGCUUCGCUGCACCGUUCGAGGAUGCGCUAAGGGAAAUCGGCGGUCUGGACAAGAUUCUCUACGCUCGAGUGAGAGAUAUCAUUGGACCAAACGCGGUCUUUGUCAACCAGUCUGGCACUUUCCCAGAAAAGUUCAAUGAUUUCGAUCCCAAGGACUCCGCAGAUAAGAACUCCCGGAGCCAGGAGAUGGUUAAGACAGCACUAGAAGAGUGCGGUGGCAUACCUGUAACACAGGAGUCAACAAUCAUGUGGCGAGUACUCUGCGGGCUCGGUUCACAUGACCUCUCCGUUAUGAGAGAGGCACUAGGAAUGCCUGACCAGGUUGUCGGCUCAUCCCUUGGACUUCCAUUCUGGAACGUACUUUUCAAGUACCCAACAUUCACCGUAUCGUAUGAGUCCGGCAUCGACAACAUUCCUCGAUUUGACGCCCACCUCGAGGUCUAUGGCGCUAAUAAGACUGUCCGCGUGCAAUACGACACGCCGUACGUCAAGGGAUUACCAGUGACGAUGCAUAUAGUUGAAAACGUCGAAGGAAUAUAUAAGGAGACCAAUAUCCGAAAGUCAUACGAAGACGCGUACACAUUAGAGAUGAAGACGUUCUGGGCUAUGGCUGCAGAAGGAAAACCUGCAAAGACGACAGUAAAAGAUGCUCUUCAAGAUUUUGAGGUAUUCGCAAUGCUCAUGCGGCAUGGUUACGGCAUCUGA